CUCACUCAACUUCAACAUCAAAAACAUCAGGAGUGAUAAUGGUGGAGAGUUCAUUUCAGAACUUUUUGAAAACCUGUGUGAUGAUUUUGGAAUAAAACACACCUUUUCUGCCCCUCGUACUCCUCAACAAAACGGAGUUGUUGAGAGGAAAAACAGAACUCUCAUAGAGUGUGCAAGGACUAUGUUGCUUGACUACAAUCUUCCUAAACACUUUUGGGCUGAGGCUGUCAACACUGCUUGUUACACUAUCAACCGAGUCUUAGUUCGUAAGCAAAUUAAUAAAACUCCCUAUGAGAUACUAAAAGAAAAAACUCCUAGCAUUGCCUAUUUUCAUCCUUUUGAUUGUCCUUGCUUUGUUCUCAACACUAGAGACAACCUUGGAAAAUUUGAUGCCAAAUCAGAUUCUGCUAUUUUCUUGGGAUACUCAUCCAAAGGACAAGCAUACAGAAUCUUCAAUAAAAGAACAAAGAAAGUAGAAGAAUCAGUUCAUGUCAAGUUCAAUGAAUCAGAUUUUGUGGUACAUGAUGAGACUUUACACUUUGAUUUAAAUGAACUGACUUCGUCUGGUCAAGAUUUCUCUAGUGAACAGGAUCAUAACGAGAGAAUAGUGACACCAUCAGACCUGGAAGAACCUUCCCUUGACUCACAAGAUACCUCACAAGUUCCUCAGGCUCCACCACACAUACAAAGAAGGCAUCCAGAAAAUCUUAUCAUUGGCAAGCUGAAUGAUGGCCUAAAAACCAGAGGUAAGUAUACUCCUGGUCAAUAUGCCUUUGUUUCCCAGUUUGAGCCUAAAAAUAUUAAAGAAGCAUUGCUUGAUGAGGAAUGGGGAUUCUCUAUGUUAGAAGAACUAACUCAAUUUGAACAUCUUCAUGUCUGGGAUUUAGUUCCUAAACCUGAAAAUGUCACAGUCAUAGGAACUAAGUGGAUUUAUCGAAAUAAAUCUGAUGAAGAGGGAAUAGUUAGAAACAAAUCUAGGCUAGUUGCUCAGGGAUAUCUUCAGGAAGAAGGAAUAGACUUCGAUGAGACUUUUGCCCCUGUUGCUAGACUUGAGUCAAUCAGAUUACUGUGUGCUUUUGCUAGUCACCUAGGAUUUCCUCUAUAUCAAAUGGAUGUUAAGAGUGCUUUCCUAAAUGGAAUCAUUCAGGAGGAAGUCUAUGUUGCUCAACCUCCUGGAUUCAUCGACUUUGAACAUCCUGAAUAUGUUUACAAACUCAACAAAGCUUUGUAUGGACUCAAACAAGCUCCCAGAGCUUGGUUUGAACGCCUCACAACCUUUCUUUUAGAUAACUCCUUCUCUCAAGGAAGCAUUGAUAAAACUCUCUUUAUCAAACAUGAGUCAGGGGAAAUCUUGUUAGUUCAAGUUUAUGUGGAUGACAUAGUUUUUGGAUCAACUGAUCCUACCCUCUGCACUGCAUUCUGUGAAACUAUGCAAUCUAUGUUUGAAAUGAGCAUGAUGGGUGAAUUAAAAUUCUUUCUUGGACUUCAAGUCAAACAAACUUCAACUGGUAUUUUCAUAAAUCAAUCAAAAUACCUCCAGAACAUGUUGUCCAAGUUUGAUAUGAACAAUGUUAAACCCUGUCCCACCCCCAUGGCUGUAAACCUCAAACUGGAUAAGGAUGAGUCCGGUAUUCCAGUAGAUGAAAACAAGUAUAGAGGCAUGAUUGGCUCACUACUAUAUCUUACAGCCAGUAGACCUGACAUCCAGCAUAGUGUAUGUCUUUGUGCCAGAUUUCAGGCUGCUCCUAAGGAGAGUCACUUUAAGGCUGUUUAAAGAAUAUUUAGGUAUCUUAGAGGAACCCCAGAUAUUGGUCUCUGGUAUCCUAAACAUGACAACUUUACUCUCUUAGGAUAUAGUGACUCAGACUUUGCAGGUAGUUUGACUGAUAGAAAAAGCACCACAGGGACAUGUCAAUUUGUAGGAACCUCCCUAGUUUCUUGGUCAUGUAAGAAACAGGGUGCUGUUGCCCUCUCUACCGCUGAAGCAGAGUACAUAGCUGCUGGCAGCUGUUGUACUCAACUCAUUUGGCUUAAGAAUCAACUUAAGGACUACAAUGUGUCCUCUGAACCCAUUCCCCUCUUCUGUGACAACACUAGCGCCAUCUGCAUGUCCAAAAACCCUGUUCAGCAUUCAAGAACCAAACAUAUAGAAAUUAAAUAUCAUUUUAUAAGGGAUUUAGUUCAACAGAAUAUUAUUAAUAUUAGUCGUAUCUCUACUGAGUACCAACUGGCGGAUAUAUUUACUAAAGCCUUGAAUGCUGA